AGUCGUCAUUGAACUUCAGUCCGGAAGUGGUCGUCAUCGUAAGAAGCUGUGAGUUGGAGGCUCCGGGUAGAGAAAUGUGAUAAAACAGCCGCAGGUUUGACUGAAGAACAUCUUGUUAUUGGGAGUUUUGAAUGAAAGACGGUGUUUCCUCCGGCGAUCGUUUGAAAGCUGAAAAUGUCGUGGAUACGAGAAGGUGAAUUAAACCUGCUUGAAAGGAUUUCUGCAAAUAUCCUAACGGCAGGACCCAUGCCUAAACACGUGGCCUUCAUCAUGGACGGUAAUAGACGUUUUGCACGCAAGAAAAACAUGGAACGUCAAGAUGGCCAUAUGCAGGGAUUCAACAAGCUGGCAGAGACCUUACGUUGGUGCAAGCACCUUAACAUCCCAGAAGUGACCGUUUAUGCCUUCAGCAUUGAGAACUUCAAGCGCUCUAAAGAAGAGGUGGAUGGGCUGAUGGAGCUGGCCAGGCAGAAGUUUGAGAAGCUGCUGGAAGAACGGGAAAAUCUGGAAAAACACGGCGUUUGUAUCCGAGUGCUGGGGGACUUGAAUAUGUUGCCGUUGGACCUUCAACAGGUUAUUGCCAAAGCUGUGAUCAUGACAAAGAACCACAAUAAAUGCUUUCUCAACGUGUGUUUUGCCUACACAUCAAGAUAUGAAAUCACCAACGCUGUGAGGGAGAUGGCCUGGGGAGUGGAGCAGGGACUGAUCAAAGCAAGUGACGUUUCUGAGACGUUGCUAAGCGAGUGCCUGUACAGCAAUAACUCUCCCAAUCCUGAUUUGCUCAUCCGUACCUCAGGAGAGGUGCGCCUCAGCGACUUCCUGCUUUGGCAGACAUCCCAUUCCUGCCUAGUGUUUCAGUCGGUUCUGUGGCCUGAAUACUCCUUUUGGAACCUGUGUGAAGCUAUUAUCCAGUAUCAGUUAAAUCAUAAAUCCAUCCAGAAAGCCAGAGAUCUCCAUCGAGAGGAACAGGUCCUCCAGCAGCUGGAGGCAGAUUGUGCCUGCGUAGCGGAGCAACUUCCGCAUCAUGGGAACGGAAAGCCAGCCGAUGCCCAAAGAAGACAAGAGGCACUGCAGCACUACACUGUAGCUCGGGAAGCACGAGUUCAGGACUUCCUGGAAGCACUGAAGCACAAGAGAGACUCUUUCUUUACUAACUUAUGCAGUGAAACUGUCUCAACUUAGAAAAAAUGACAGAAGAACUAACCUAAAGGUGAAGUAGGAUUAAAACCCUUCCAGUUGUUUUCCUACAAGUGCUUCUAAGGAACAGGAAGGAGCACACAGUGACUGGAGAUGGUUUUAUUUUGUUGCUGAUUUAUAUAAAACAACAAGAGGACAAUGUUUACCCCUAUGGGGCUGUAGACUAAUUGAUAUAUAUUUAUGAUUGUAGAUUUGCAAAAUAAAAUGAAAAAACUGGUCAAGAUUUUGUAAGUUGAUUGUGCAAAUUAUCUGUGACGUGCAUGUCGAUUGAAAAGUCAUUGGUGAAUGAAAGCCACGCAGCCUGUGUUCAGGAAGGGUUUCCAACACAGUUUUCCUCCAGUAACUAAUGCAGUUCUGUUUGUUGUUGCUGAAAAUUUUGUUUGUCGAGUGUUUUUUUUAAAGACGUCUAUAUUUUGACCAGCUUUCUCAAACAAUAAAUUGAGAACUAUA